UCUACACCGACGAUCAGCCCUCCCACCUCCAAAUUGUCUCGAGGGCGAUCCUGUCAUGUCGCAGCCUGCGGGCCUAGUAUAUCUGCCAGAGGAUAUACUCCUCGAAGUCGCGUCGCAUCUUUCCGUGUUCGACGUACUGUCGCUCAAGCAGACAUGCCGCACGUUGUACGCCUUUGGGUCUACCGACUAUCUGUGGCACCGUAUUGUCCAACGAAUCGACAUACCUCUUGACCUCCCGCCGGACACCCCUCUGAGCGCGCUCGCCCACUAUGAGCUGCAACCGAUCGUGCUCAAGGCACUCCGCCUCGAAGCCAACUGGCGAAGGCGUCCGCCACGCCUGAAGACGCUCCGCUUGCUGCCUCGGGACACGCAGGGCCAGUAUGUCGACCAGAUGCACUUCGUACAAGGAGGCAGGUGGCUCCUGACCGUGCAGCGAAACCGACAGAGGGGUCGGCCCGGAUCGCACUUGGAAGUCUGGUCGCUGGAAGACGAGCCGUACGCGAUCGCCAAUGUCGACACCACAGGACUUUACAGGACGGCAGUGAUGGAGCUCAAGGAGGCGAAUCAGUCGAUCACCCUUGCAGUGGGUUACCAGACAGACGACUUGGCGGAAGUCGUCGCCGUUUACUCAGUCCCUUUCCGAGACAGGUCCGAGUUCCUAUUCUACACCGCGCCCACCCUUACGCCGACGACGACACUCCGUGUUUCGCCACACCCCUCGGUGAAGUGGCAGUCCGCCAAAUUCAUCCAUCAACUGUCUUUGUCCGACGGACGACUGGUGGUCUCUGUCGUCGACCCGACCGGGCAGACAGGCAUGAGCCUGCUCCAAGUGUGCUUGAUGGACAUAAAGUCGAGGGUAUCUCGAUGGCUGGACCCAAAGUACCUCCGAGUACGUUUGUCCCGUCAGUGCCCCGACCCCUCGCAUACUAACCUCAGCCCUCAGCGGUUCUCCGACGUGUCAGUCAAGAUCCACGCGCACAACGGGCACCUCCUUCUCCUCGGCCCCGCCCGCCAGAGCAUCACCCUCCGCGUCUACGCCAUGCCCCCCAGCCUCCUCCCCAAACUGUCUUCCGACACCUGCGACCCCGCCAACGCCUUCCUCGACCUCGGGCCCCCCAUCUCCGAGUACGAGCAGCCCCUCCGGCACCACUCGCAGUUCCAAGACAUCAUCCACGUCUCGCCGCCCUCCGCCGCCUCCAUCUCCGCGCUGGUCGUCUGCUCCUUCCACGACACCUCCCCGCGCGUCGGGCAGGUGACGCGCUUCCCUCUCCCGCCGGGCCCGGCCGCGGUGCGCGGCCCCCGCCUCCCCGGCGCGUCGCGCGACUUCAGCAUGCCCUCGCACGUCUCCGCGCAGCUGGCGCAGGUCGGCCCGAGCGGGCGCGCGGUGUGGGUCGAGCACGACUGGGAGGCGCAGAAGAAGCGCUUCAUGCGCUUCCAGAUGCGCAGGGACGAGUGGGACGGCGCCGGGGUCCCCGCGGCGGUGGGCGCGCUCUUACCCCCGGAUGUGGCGCUGCCCUUCUUGCCGGACACGGUGCACUCGCUGGCAUUUGACGAGGUCACUGGACGGGUGUGCCUCGGGUUGUUCAACGGGGAUAUAUACGUAAUGGAUUUUGUGUGAACUUGCUGAUAUCCAUCGAUCUUGCGUACUGAACGCGGACAGCGUACAGCAAUGCUACUCAUCAUUCAUGAUGCAGACGUAGAUCGCGCGUCUCGAAUACCUGCAUAACGGAUACAUUUUGUAGGACCAAUGGAUAAGGUGG